GCGACAGGCCGCCGGGCGUUGCGGUUCCGCCAGCUCGUCCUCGUCGUCCGCCUCUCCAGUCUCCACUCCUCUCCCCACGACAACGCAGAUCCCCCCACCCAUUAAUCAAACAGGCGCACGCUUCCCCCCGAAAUCAACCCUCCCAGCUAAUUUAAGAGCAUCUCCAGCAGGUUGAUUUCCCCCCGCUCCUUCUCCUCUUGCUGGCACCAGAUCCCCACCCUCCUCCGAUUGUAACGUGGAAGCGGCGGCGGCGGCGGCGGCGUUUCUAGGGAUUUAUUGAAGGGCUGGGCUUUGUGAGGAAAUAUGGAUUCCAAAAAGAAGAGGAACAAGAAGAAGAAAGGAAACCAAGGGAAGAACGCCGUUGAUGUAACGUCCAACGCUGGAGAAGCUGCUCCCCAGCACCACAAUCACGAGUCAGCCCCAAAAGACCAUUAUAAAGGUUCUGAUGCGGAUGAUGCCAUGUCCAGCGUUGGAGAGGGAGUUCCUCAGUACCAGAAUCAUGAGCCGACUCUACACUCAGAUCAUAAUGGCACAAAUGCCCAUGAUAGUACAUCCUCUAUUGGAGAGGGUAUUCCAUGCUACCAGGACACUGAACCUACGCUAACACAAGAGAAUCACAAGGCCAGCAAUGCAGUCCCUGCAGAUCAGAGGAGCAUUGGGAUGUCAGAGUCUAGUGUGGAGCUUGACAUGCACAGACUUUAUGAAGCCAAACUCGAUAAACUACACGUGACAAUAAAGCAGUUGGAGGAUGAAAAGAGUUUAUGGCUUCAAAAAGGGAACACCAUGGAGAGUGAGCUUGAAAAGUUGCAUAGCAAAGUGGGUUUUCAUGCGCAAAAUGAGGUACUUUUGGAGGAAAAAUUGAAUAGUCUACAGAUUGGUUACGAUGAGCUGAUAAAGAAGGAGGAAGUUUUGGGUAACAAAGUCAGGUGCAUAGAUGACAUCAAUGGUACCUUAACUCGUCACGAGGCUUUGCUUAAAGAAAGAUUAAGUGAGCUGGAGGAAACAAAUAAAAACCUGGUGGCACAGGUGAAGGUGCUGGAGGAAGCCUCAAGCAAUACUUCUGCGGAAAAUCACACGUUGGUUAAAAAAAUGGAUGAACUGGAUUCAAGACUACAAGCACUUGAAGCUAGGGCUGCUCUUAGUGAAGCCUCAGAAAAGGUCUCUGACAAUAAAGUCAUAGAUCCAAUGAAUCUUUCCAGUCCACUACAUCAGCAAACAAUUGGUUUUACUGAGGCGAUGAUCAAAGGUAAUGAACUGAUUGCUGAGAGAGAUCUGAGCAGUUCAGUGGAACUUAUUACUGAUAAUAGCUAUCGUCAAAUCAACAAUACUCCCAGCAAUGCAUAUGCUAGUAAUCAUCCACAGGAAACAUCAAUACAGCUUCCGGAAAUAGGAACCAGCAAUAGUAUUGCCCAAGCUCACGUUGAUGUUAAUGAGCAUCGAUUUGAUGGACCAACAAGUGAAGAAAUUGUUCCAGUUCCAUUGGAUGAUAUACAGAUUCAUGAGGAUGACCCACGGCAGCCAGGAGCAGAAGAUGAGAUAGAUGAGGUUCCGUUUUCUGAUGCCCCAAUCACUGGUGCUCCAUUCCGAUUGAUCUCAUUUGUUGCUAGGUAUGUCAGUGGUGCUGACUUGGUGAACAAGAAAUAACUGCCUGCAUAUCAAGAAGAUCUGGAUGCCAGGAUGAGUCUCUUUUUGAUGAUGCUGAUUAAUUUUUGAGUAUGUUAAGAUAGUAUGGGUGGAUUGGAUUCAGCAGAGAUAUGGAAGCUCUGCUCAUUCUUGGUAGUGCUCAUGAGUCAUGUCACUGCCAUUCUUCUCCUUCCCCUGUCCUUUUUUCAGGCGCAGGAGGAAUUUGUGUUCCUUGCUUUGUACAAGAGGCUAUGUACCAUGGCUCUUCUAUACCGGUCUAACCAUGUGAAAGUUGAAAGUUGUAUUGACCAGAGAUAACGUUAACAGCUGAAAUUUUGGUAUACUGCAUACACCAGGAUGAUGCACUGACAAUGUAACCUGUGGAAGAUAGCUAAAUGCUUUGAUUAUUGCA